GACUCGCCGGUUUUAAUGGAGUUUUCCGGCAAGAAACGAAGAGAGAGAAAGAGGAGAGAGAAAAUGAUGGCAGUGGCUUUCCGGCCACUUUUCCGGCGAUCCGACCGUCGGAUCGGAAAUCCGAGGCCACCGAUGGACUCAGGACGACGAGAUCUUCGAGAUAGGACUGGUCCCGCUCCGAUCGGACACUGUUUGAAAAAGGCGAUAAUCGAACGGUCCAGAUCGCUUGGUGCGAUUGGAUCGAGGAUAGCUCACCGGCGUCGGGACUGCAUUUUCAGCCAGAUCCGGCUGCCCGACGGCCAAUCUCAGAACGUGGUCAAUAUUACAGUCAAUCCUAGCAUUUUCAGACGUUCUGGACGCGUUCCAGGUGUCAGAAUUGGCAUAGGUAAACCCGAACUCCAAGUUGCUCAUUUUCGGCUAAUAUCGAUUUAGAAUAAAAUUCAUAAAAUAUUCGUGGAUUAUCGAAAAAUUAUAAUUCCUUUUGCAAUAGUCAUAUAAUAUUAUUAGGGACCGCGGGGCGAAAUUUUAGAAUUUUUGGAGCUUGUUUGAGUGGAUUUUU